GCAGUAGCAGUGGGAGAGCAGAGCAGGGAGCCCUCCAGCUCACCUAGUUCAGCCAUCCUCCUGCUCUGUUCAGCCAGUAUGGACAAGGUGAAGAGCCAUGGCAGCAAGCAGAGGCGGUCAGGAAGAGGAAGGAUCAGCAGGAUGUUGAGGCAACAAAAGGCCAGGCUCUACAUCAUCCAGCGAUGCGUAGUCAUGCUCCUCUGCUACCAUGACUGACCAUAGUCCAUAGGCGUUCGGUUCUCGUUUGUAGCUAGGCUAGGCUUGACAGAUUCUUUGGUGUGUGUGUGUGUGUGUUCAUAGGGUGUAAGUUGUUCAGAAGUUUCAGGUUGAUUUUGCUGACGGUUAGUUUGGAUGUUGAAGUUUUGUGUGGUGUUAUGUGGUGCUCCUAAGUCCUGCAACGGCAAGGAUGUGCG